GAAGGUUUUCAAAAUUUUUAAAAGAAAUUAUUUAUGCAUUAUUUUAACCUUGCUAUAACCCGUUAUAACCGAAUACAGCAACGAAGUAGAAUAAAGCUUUUUGCAGCAACAAAGAAUUUCCUUACAACUCAACUCUUAAUAUUCGAAUAACGUUGUUGCUUUAUUUGUACUCGAAGGAAGAGAGAGAGGUAACAAGUUUUCUUCAUUUAAUUCUUAUAACUUAAUAAAUCAUGUCUUCUACUUCCCAAAAACAUCGGAAUUUUGUGUCGGAGCCCAUGGGCGACAAACUAGUCAAUGAACUUGCUGGUAUUGGAGAAGUUUUGAGCAAGCGAUUAGAAGCUAAAGGUUUUGAUAAGGCUUAUGUUGUCUUAGGUCAGUUUUUAGUUCUGAAGAAACACAAGGAAUUAUUCAUUGAUUGGAUGAAAGACAUUAGUGGUGCAAACAGCAAGCAAGCAUCUGAAUGCUAUCAAUGCCUUUCUGACUGGUGUGACGAGUUUUUGUAAUAUUUUUUUUUUUUUUUUUUGGUGGAACUGAUCAUCAUUUGUAAAUAUACUUCAAAUAAUCAUAACUGAGUAUUUUAAAUAAUGAAACAUACCUUUUUUUUUUUUUUUUUUUUCCUCUGCAGCUACUUUCAAUGUAAUAUUCAAUAAGUUAAAAUUGAUGCUCUGUCCUUUUUAGUUACUAGCAACUCAGUUCUAAAUAUGGUUGUUAUGCUGCUAAUUAUGGUAUAAUGUAUGCAAGAAACUGCCGUUUUGCACUGCAGCAUAGAAAAUAAUGAAUUAUUUUAAUAUUAGUGUGACAGUUUUGCUUUUUUUGCUUCUAUAAUAUUUUUAAUAAUGGCUCAGCAUAUUUUAAAUGUUCUGUUGCUGUUUCAUAGCUUACUUUGUUUUUGAGCUGUGUUAAAAGUUAAUGGUGAAAUAUGAAAUACUGUAUUCCACUUUAAUUAUACUAUUUAGAAUAACCACUUAUAGCAGCAUUUUUAUUUGAUGUUAUUUAAUAAAAGACCUUCCAUUCUCAAAUUUUUAAUUUUUUUUCUUAUUUUUAUUUAUUUAUUUAUUUUUGCUUUUUAAGAAAAAGCAUUUCUUUCUCCUCCCAACUGCCACAAAGUUCAUGAAUUAGGACACUUAAUUGCAACAUUAUCAUUAAAAACAUAAAAGGAAGUCAAUGAUCUGAAUUUUUUUAACACAUUAUAACGAAAAAGUUUUCUAGAACAAAUUAUGCAUUUUAUAGUACCAUAUGUUUUCUGUUAAAUCUAAUCUAAUUUUGUCAUUUUUAUUAUUCAUUUUAUGAUGCCUAUCUUGUACAGUAAAAUAAUGUAGAAACUGUGUUGGAAAGUAAAUCUUUGCUUUCUUUUAUGUAUAUGUGCACUUUUAACUAGAAAUAAAUUGAUAUUUUUAAAUUUAA